AUGAGCUUCCAAGCCGAGCCGACGACGAGCGUGGUCUCGCUGCCUGUCGUGGCCGCCCCGACGAUCGGGACCAAGAUCGUAUUGGCAGGCAUCGCCAACGCGAGCGCGGCUGCGAUCACCAACCCGAUCGACGUCUUGAAGGUCCGCAUGCAGCUCGAAGGCGAGCUCGCUGCGUCGCGCGAGAUGCCCCGCCGGUACCCGAGCUUCGUUGGCGGCGCCCGCACCAUCUUUGGCAACGAAGGCAUCCGUGGCUUUUACAAGGGCCUGCUGCCGUCGGUGGUCCGCGACGGUUUUUACUCGGGCAUCCGCCUCGGCGCGUACGAGCCGAUGAAGGAGCUCCUCGGGGCCACCGACCCGCACCACACGCCGCUCUACCUCAAGGUCGUCGCUGGCGCGCUCACGGGUGCGUUCGGUAGCGCGCUCGCCAACCCGACGGACCUCGUCAAGAUCCGCAUGCAAGGCGAAGGCACGCGCUACAACAGCGUCCGGUCUGCGGUCGAGGACAUCGUGGCGCACGACGGCGUCAAGGGGCUCUGGAAGGGCGUCGGGCCGACCAUGAAGCGCGCGGCGCUCCUCACGGCGUCGCAGAUCCCGACGUACGACCAUGCCAAGCACACGCUGCUCAACAACGAGAUCAUGGAAGAAGGCUUUGCGCUCCACGCGGUGUGCAGCAUGCUCGCCGGUUUUAUGGCGGCGACUGUCACCUCUCCAGUUGAUGUCAUCAAGACGCGCAUGAUGACGCAGUGCCGGCGCGUCAACUGCAACGACACCAUGUACCAUGGCACACUCGACGCCUUCCGCAAGAUCACGGCGGGCGAAGGCAUUCGCGGGCUCUACAAGGGCUGGUUCCCCAACUGGAUGCGUCUCGGCCCGCACACGAUGAUCACGCUCGUCAUCUUUGAGGAACUGCGCACGGCCGCGGGCCUCCCGCCGCUCUAACUGUCUCGUUC